AUGCCGGGCUGCCGGGCGGGUUCGCUUCACUUCCAGAUCUGGAAGCACGAGCACGAUCGAUCGUGCAGUGCAGGUCCUGAUGUGAGGCGGCACUGCUGCUUCGAGGCGCAGCUGCACGCGCUCCAGGCGGAUCCGGCCACGUUCACGUCUGAUCCCGAGGACGCCGAGGACUUCGCCGCGUGGAGCAAGGAGGCGCUCUCCCAGGCCGCCGCAGAGAUGCAGGGUUUUUCCUGUGAAUCUGAUAAAGCAUGGGUAGCGCAAGCAGAGAUGCAGGGUUUUUCCUGCGAUAUUAUGUUUACUGAUAAGGAGCUAGAUAUAAUUGAGAUGGCUGUGUACGGGGACGUCAUUCGUCCAGGGAAGCAAUGUCGCUGCAGAAUAGUAGCCGAGGUGCUCGGGCAGGUGAAGCCAACGAAUCGCAUGGCUGCAUGUGAGUUACCAGACAAAGGUGCCUCUUAAAAUGUAUAAUUCAAAUAAAUUGGUUUCGACUCUCACCUGUCAGAACACAACCUUUUGUAGCGCAGUUGAUUCCAUUCAACAGGGGAACUUGAGUUCUUCUCACAAGGC